CCAGCAUUUAAAUACCCUGUACGUCAUGUGCAUGCACUCGUGCACAUCAGAUAGAUGUGUGCUUACUGCAUGUACAUUGUAGUCGAAAAAAAAAUCAGUUUGCUAAUUGGCCGGGCAGCGGCAACAUACUUCAGUGAAAUAUCAAGUUAUAUUCAAAUUUCAUCGGUUUUUAGCCCAAGAGAUGACUGCAAGUGCCACCGAAUCAACGUUAAUUCACCUUUGAUGUUAAAUUGGAGAAGUCGGUGUCUGCAGUUAUGCCUAAAAAGUCUAGCAAGCAUGUUGCAAGCAAGAGAAUCACUGACUUCAUGCGCCCAGACUCUGCCAAGACAUCAGAUGCAUCCAGCCCAUCUUCUUGCCAGGAGAAAUCUGCCCUUGAGAUGGUCGAUAACAGGCAUGACAGACUCAAAGUUGAUGCUGUACAGAGGACCCUUGAGACAGUCUUCAAGCACAAGACCUUCAAGAGCUCAUUGCAGCAGAAAGCUGUGGAAACGGUCACCGAAGGAAAGAAAGAUGUAUUUGUUUCCAUGCCAACGGGUUCAGGUAAAUCCUUGUGUUAUCAGCUUCCAGCAUUAGUGAGGCCUGGUGUCACUCUUGUUGUCUCUCCACUCUUGGCUCUGAUCCAAGAUCAGCUGGAGCAUCUCGACCAGAUGAAGAUACCAGCCGAGACGUUAAACUCACAGAUACAAGGUGAGAAGAGACUAGCUAUCUUGGCAGACAUCUCCAGCAAGACGCCUUCCAUCAAACUUCUCUACAUCACCCCAGAGCUUGCUGCCACCAAUAACUUCCAGUCCAUUUGUCGCUCCCUAGCAAGUCGUAACCUCCUCUCCUUGAUAGUCAUAGAUGAGGCUCACUGUGUCUCUCAGUGGGGACACGACUUCAGGCCAGACUAUCUGAAGCUCGGAAGCCUACGUGUCAAGUUUCCCCUGGUACCUUGCAUUGCUUUGACUGCCACGGCAACACCUCACGUGCAGAAAGAUAUUCUUGACAACCUGAAGCUGAAAGAGCCAAUUGCAAUCUUCAAGGCUAGCUGUUUCAGAAAGAAUCUCUUCUAUGACGUUGUGUUCAAAGAUCUUCUUGAGGAUCCAGUGCAGGACUUGAAGGACUUUGCCACUGGAGUGCUGCAGAAAGACAAGGAGGAAGGGGGUAUCAACGGUUGUGGCAUCAUCUACUGUCGUACUAGAGAUGCCUGUGCUGCAGUAGCUAAUCGUCUGACUCGUCUUGGCUUACCAUCCGAGGCGUACCAUGCUGGCUUGAAGAGCUCCCAGCGCUUACAAGUACAGAAUGACUGGGUAGACGGCAGGACACCAGUUAUUGUAGCCACAGUCAGUUUUGGUAUGGGUGUGGACAAGGCGACUGUCAGGUUUGUGGCCCAUUUCAACAUUGCUAAAUCCAUGGCAGGGUAUUACCAAGAAUCGGGUCGUGCUGGACGGGAUGGCAGGCCAGCUAGCUGUCGUCUGUACUACUCUAGAGAUGAGAGGAAUCAAGUGGCUUAUCUGAUCACUCAGGAAAUGGCUAAGGCUAAGUCAAAAGAAGAACAGAGGUCUGGGGCAUCAAAUGGAAGUGUGAUUAAUAAACAUGGGAAAGCAAGCUUACAGAGCUUUGAAUCUCUCGUCAAGUUCUGUGAAGAGGAAAAGUGCCGCCACCUUGCAAUGUCAGAUUUCUUUGGUGACAGCCCACCAAACUGCAGCGGUUCCUGUGACGUGUGUAAGUCGCCGGCCGAAGUCAGCCGACAGCUGGAAUAUCUCAAGCGAGGUGUCCUGGCCAAUUCCAAGAAGAAGACGGAUCGAUCGGGACGCACCUGUAUCAUGGAAGACACUAAGGGCAAAGUAGAUAAGGAUCUGUAUGGAGAGGGGCGGUAUGGAGCUGACAGCUACUAUGAUGGCAGAUACAAGGCAAAGGAUGACAGCAGUGACAGUGACGGUGAUGAUGAUGACAAGGCAGCAGCCAGAGAGCGUACAAACAUGAUCAAAGCUGAGUUUGAGAGGAGAAAGAAGAAUCAAAGCAAGCCAGCUGAAACUGAUUUUGUCAAACCUGAUGAGGAUUGCCCCUUGAGAGACGCAGCCAACUCCAAGAUCCCAGGCCUGACUGUCAAGUCCAGAGAACACUGUCUGCAGCUGAUAGAGAAGGCUCUUCGAGACAACUUUGAGCAGUUUUUUAAGAAUAACUCCAACAGGUUAAUGGCCAGUGAAUGGGAAUCCCAUGGCCAGGCCAUUGUUGCAGAGCAUGAGAUUUUCAAGAUAUCGAGACGUAGCAAUAUGUACAAAGCCAAGAUCCUCAGUCUGGUGAGCAAUAUCAAGAAGGCUACCAAGGAAGCAGACAUCCAUGAGAUAUUCCUUAAAGGAAACAAAGAGAAGACGGAAGACUCUGCUGCCAAUGUGCAGCUAGACAAUCAGGAAGUACUUUCUGCUGCUACAAACCAGACUGACGAGGCAUCAACGUCCAACAACAAACUGUUUGUUGGUUUUCAGACUGUCUCUUCUCUCCUUGCCGCACCACGCCAAGCAAGCAGUAAGAAGGGAGAUCCUGGUGCAGGCACACCGUCAAGACUUGAGGAAGAAUCCUACCGGAAUUUGGAUCCCACAAGUCCCCAUAAGUCUGGUUUCCAGACGGUCUCCUCGCUGGUAUCGCAAGGGGUGUGGGCAGGCAGCGAUUCCAAACCCAAGGUGGGAAAUGGCAAGAGAGUACAAAACAGCCAGAGCAACUUAGCCGGAUGUAGCUCAGGACUUCUGAAAAUGACGGCGAGAGCAGAGGCAUUGCACAAAGACAAAUCAUCAGUAUGGGUGCCAUCAGGUGAUUCCUCGGGUCCUACAGCAACACGGGACGGUCUCAAGGACAAUCAGGGAUAUUAUGCACCAGGAUGCAAUGAAAAAAGUAAUGAGGCAUGCGACACUAUUGAUGGGAGAAUGAAACCUUUAUUCGCUGACUCUGAGCAUCCAAGCAACGUUCCAGAUACCUGUCCAAGGGAUCUCACUGUCAACCACGCUGAUGCAGCCUCCGGGGAUUGUUUAGAUGAUGACAUCAGUGCAGCUCCUCACCCAACUUCUACUGGUACAUGUAUCCUAAAUGCUGCUGCAGAACGUUGUAAAGACCGCCCAGAACUAACCAAAGAGUGUGUAUCAGACCAUUCAGGCAGGGGGUGUCCUUCAAUGGAACCUACCGAGGGAACAUCUGUAUCUUAUCAUCCCAGUAUUUCUGGUCAUGACUUGAAGAUAUCGAACCGGAAGAGAACAAGCAAUUCCGCCCUCAAGCAUCCAAACUCUUCAAAGAGGCCAAAGCUGUCAAGCCAAGAUGACCAGACCGCUGCAAAGAACAACUCUGGCAGCAGUAGCUCAGAUGAGAGCAAGCCCAAGAGAACUGUGACCUUUGACCCAGGCACGGUGGACAAUGAGAAGUCACGAGAAGACGGAGGGGAUCAGAAAGGGUCAAAGGUUAAAGAUGUUCGCCGCUUGGCAGCAGACGUCGUGGUGAAGUUAUUGACGCCAUAUUACAAGGACAAUAAAUUUGGCUCAAAAGAUUUGUUCAAGAUGCUUGCUAAGCGGCUUGCUCACCAGAUAACACUGGAUGGUGCACUCACCAAACGGCCAUUAAAGGAUAAAGCUAAGAAACUUGUCAAGGAUUACUUCAAGAAGCAUGCCCUGUGUAACCAAGAAAGCGACCUUCCCUCAGCUCCCUUGCAUCAAUGAUAGUGGCUCUAAGCCAGCGAAGCAGGUGUUUAGCAGGCAAGAAGCAGCAAGUGACAGAUUGGCAUCUUUAUCCAGGGGAAACAGAAAUAUUUUCGGUCAUUCUUUGGGGAAUGAGCUGGUGCAUUAUCCUCCGGGAGCAGAAGCACCCCCUCAUCGGUUGAAAAGAGCUGUGUUGGUCAGGAGUGUUCAUUUUGCUGGUAGCGAUGGGACCGCAACGCUCGCAUUUCUUUAUUGUUUGAAAGAUAUUUGUUUAUUUUUAAGUUUGUAAACUUGAAUCCAGGGAACAGAAAUCCCUUUUAAAGGUAAUAGAAGAUACAGAAGGAAAUAUUUCAGGUAUGGUUCUUGCUAAAAUUCAGAAAAUCUAGGCGAAGUUAUAUUUUAUGUUUGUCUUGCAUAAGAAAAAAAAUCAGGUUUCAUUGCUGUUUAAUCUUUUGUGAUUUUAUCUUUGUUAUUACUCUCCGUAAUUUUUAAUUUGGUCAAAAAUCACUGCAUUGUAGCUGUUUAUUCCCAAUAUUUAUGACUGGAGAAAAAAAGUCCUGAGUUUAUUUCACAAUUUUACACAAAAUGUGGCCCUACAGGCUUUGCUAACUGAACAGUACAGCUUAGUGCAGACAUUAACUGUAGGAAAUGAACUUACCAAUGGCUUCAUACCACCCAAAGCUUAUAUUUGCCAGUUUUAUAGUCAUAAUGGAAAGAGAGUAAGAUUAGCGUUUUAAGAGUAGGGACUUUGAUUUGAGCAACUUUGUCUACAUAUAGAUCAUAUUCUCUCAGUUUUCAGUAAGCCCGAUCUGUGGGGAAUAAUAUUUGUAUUAGAAAUACUUAAAAACGUUUUUGCAAGCAAGUUGAAACUCCAUGUGAUGAAGAGAUACAGAUGUGAUUUAAGUUUUACGUGUUGAAAAAUGUCCCCAGUUGUUGUUGUUUGCCUGUUCGUUCAGAAAACAAAAGCCUCACUGGGAGGUGUAACUACAUACAACUAAAGUGAAAACGAAGGUGCACAUUGCAACACAAAUGAAUGCAUAUUAACAAUAUUCAAUGUUAUGUCAUGAUGUUUUGUCGGAUGGCAUCAUCAACUAUAUAAAUUAAACUUGUUGAUUCCACGGUAAGAAUAAUAAGUCUCUAUCUUUAGCCCGCUGAGAGUCUUGGCAACUUUGUUGCUUCUGCAAUAUUUAAAAGUGGGCUUCAGCUAGCCUAUUAGAAGAGAAUGAAAUUGUUUAUACAUUUAUUUAUAACUGAUUUAUAUGUACUGAAAACAAAACCUAAAAUUUGAGAAAGGUAUCAGUAAAUGUCCUGAAUCAAUGAUA